GUCUAGUACAUAUAGGUACAUGUAUAUAUACAUAUUUCAUGGUGUCUUCUCUCAGCAAAGGAGAAAGGGCCCGAUCUACACUUUGUUCUUCGAGUGUACGGGCUCCUGUUUCUAGCUUUCCAACAGCAUUGUCGGACAGCAGGAUGGCAGGGUAGCUUUACGACGUUUUGACCCAGUUGAGGGCCCAUUGCCGGACGCCCUGCGCCAGUGCAGGAUGAAUCAGGAUACCGAUCCUGGCAUACAAGCUGAUGCAAGCAAAAGGGCCAGUCGCAUGGAGGUGCGUGCGGUAUGCGGUACCAGACUCGCCUCGGCGGCCUGCAUGGACGGGAGCGUAAGAUACUGGCGGCUCUGCCCCUGCCCGGGGAUGAUUCAACGUUUCUCUCAGGCUCGCUCUCGCCAAAGCCUUGUUUCGUGGCCGGAAUAAGAAAUGAUUGAAGAUGAGGUGGGUAGGAGGUGUUGUUCCUGUUACAAGGUCAAUCGAUCCAGGUGCCAGUGUUCUACGCGGAGUUUGUACAGCAACAGCUACGACCUCUUCUAGGUAAUAAGGUGUUGCCAGUGGGUGGGUAUCGAUAACGGGCCGAUGGAAGGGAUCGUGAAGUCCAAAACUUGAGCGGUCCCUCAGCUCCUCCGCAACCGGGUGCGGCAUGAGGGGUAAAAGACAACACAACAAAAAUCGAAACAUGUUCCCGCAGACAAGUGCCAUUGACAGGGGGAAGGAGAGAGAGAGAGAAGGAACUGAAUUGAAACACUGCCUCUGAGAUUAUCACUCUUUCCAAUAAUCAGCUGCGUGGAAGACUAGACCAGACCUCUUCGUCCGUUCCCAUUCCCAUCUCCCAUCUGGCACAAAGAGACACCAUUCUCUCACCCUCUCCCUAAUCCACCACCACCGCCGGGUCGGCUACAGUUCUGUGCAACUGCCUCAAUACCUCCGUCUCAACUGAACUGUGCUGCCGGGUUCUCACAUACCUACACCAACCUAUCUAGAUAUCCAGUAUACACUGUCCACCAUCUCUUCACAAUGUCUUCAGACCCAGCAACCAUCGCCGCCAACACCCUCCGGGCCAAACAGAAGCCCCUCAAGGACAAAUACCGCUCCGACCCAUCCUCUGCACUCGUGACGCUCUCCUCGUCCGGCACCCUCGAUCCCACCUCGACCAGCCUCACAUGUUCCUUGUCCGCAGGCACGGCGGCCCGCAAAGUGGCGGGACUGCACAAAGCCGCCGGGGGCGAAGGGUUCGAUGCAACAGGUGAACUGUGCUCAGGCGACAUGCUGCUUGAGAGUCUGGUGGCCUGUUUUGGAGUCACGGUGCGCGCGGUCGCCACGAGCAUGGGCAUUGCCAUCAAAGACGGCUCUGUCAAGGUCGAAGGUGAUCUCGAUUUCAGGGGGACAAUGGGAAUCAAGGAUGCCGACGGUAAUGCCGUGCCGGUCGGGUUCAAGAAGAUCAGAUUGUUUGUCCGUAUCGAGGUGGAUAAUGACGAAGACAAGUCAAAAUUGGAUAAACUUAUCGAGUUGAGUGAGCGGUACUGCGUUGUGCUGCAGACGCUGAGAGCUGGUGUUCAAGUUGAGACGAGUUUGAACAGCGACGGCGACACGUCUGAAGGUGCGCAUCGAGCGAACUCAAACGCUGAGCAGAAUAUCCCGGCGAACGAGAAUGUUUUGAAGGUCAAUUAAGCAAGAAGGAAUGUUGAAAAGAUGAACAAGGGCAGUGGUUUCGAACGCAGAGGUUACUAAGUUAUUCUACCAACUGAUGGCGAGGUCGGUAUCCCAUGGCAUACCAUGGCAUGGGAAUUACAUCAAGUAUCUUGCAUUGCUGCUCUGCUCUGAGUUGAGAGACUUAGAGGGUGGUGUUUGACACAGUCAGCAGAUUCUCUUCUUUCUGCACUGUGUGUGUGUGUCCAAGGACUGAAAUGAAAAAUACACAACGCACUAAUACACACAGAACCAACCAGACCUUGUCCAGUAUUGCAGUCUCCAACGCAUCCAGGUUCGUUCCCUGCAUUGAUUUCCUGAAACCACUUCAACUGCUCGGCUCGGUCUUGCUGGUGCGAUGCCGAAUGAGACGACCAACAAUCUCAUCAUGGAUAUGACAUGCCAUGCAAAAGCAAGAAGAAACAAGUUGCACGUCUUCUUCCGUUCUUCUGGUGUGGUCGUUGGUUGUUUACCACUCAUCAUCCUCGUCUCCGUCGUCCUCAUAGUCUUCAUCAUCUGAAUCGUCUGAAUCGAUUUCUUCGUCUUCGUCAGCUUCUUCAUCUUCAUCACCAUCUUGUUGCUGUCCUGCUUCGUCUUCUUCGCCCGUCUCCUCGGCAUCAUCUUCUUUUUCGUUUUCCUCGUCUUCUUCGUCUUCGUCUUUCAAUUUGGCCGACUCCCUCUCAACAUGCAUCCUCAACCAAUCCUUCCUAGCCUGUUCUGCCUGCUCUCUCUCCUCGGCACGUCUCUUCUUGAUCUCACCAAGAGCAUCCAACAUCUUCAUGCGCUCCUGGCCCUCACGCAGAUUCGCCAGUCGCAGCCUCUUACGUUCUUCUCGAGUUUCCUGCAUGAAAAGCUUGCGCUUGGGCGGCAAAGCAAUCAGAACAGCAGCUUCGUGUCUCAUCGCUCUCUCUUCGUCAGACAUAUUCGGGUCAUUGAGGUUCUUCAUGUCCUCAUCCCACAGGAACUGUUUGGCCUUUUCGUCGUUGCCGGCAAACUCGUCGACAACAUUGUUGAUGUCAGCGUCAAUGGCAGAGCGGCGGUAGUUGCUGUUAUUGCGAAGUCUGGGGGCGUUAUUGUUGUUAUGAUCGUCACUGUCGUCGUUGUUGUCGGCGUCGGUGGAUUUCGGGCGGCAGGAGGAGGACGAUGACGAAGACGAAGAAGAGUUGGUGGUGGUGGUGGUAUUGGUGGCCGUCGGGGCAGCAGUGGCGUCCUCUUCAUCGGCAAUUGGCACGAAUUCACUUUCAUAGUCGUAGUCGUCGCCGAGGUCUUCGUCGGACUCGAAUUCGUUGGUCGAAUAUCCAGUUGACUGAGAUGGGGUUGGAAGGGCGGCGGAUGCGGAUGCGGUUGGUGCUGGCAGUGAGGCAGGUUGACGCCCAAGGGACAAUGGUGGAGAGACAGAUGCUGAGAAGGAGUCAGUUGAUUGCACCGAACGUGUUAGGUGUAAUGAAGUGUUGAGCAUGGGAAGAUGACAGAAUAACAAGAGGAAAGGAAAGGGAAACACAGAAGAUGGAGAUGGAGGACGUCUGGGUGAAUGUGUCCGUGCUUGACUGAAAGAGAGGGUGAAUCGGUAUGUGAGAAAGGGACUUACCACCUUGGAUUGACUGGUGGGCUCGUGCCGUCAUGUUGGACGGUCUGCCUUGUGCUGGAUUUCUGCUCGACAUGAUGGUGGUGAAGGUGAUAGUGACUGGAUCGAAGACUCGUUGGGUGUUCGAAUACAGAAGAGGACAGGACACAACCGCAAGCAGUCAAGCAAGCAGUCCUCGACACGAUGCGAUGUGUGUAUUGUAUGGUAUGGUGUAACAGUUAUGAUCUUGAUCUUGGAUCUGCGAUUCGACGAGAAGGCAGCAGACAGACACCAAGACUCAAGCAGCAACAACCUGUGCAAGAAACAACACGGCGUGGUGGAUGGGAACAGAAACCCAGGAGAGCUUGUUGAGGAGCCAAGCGAGGCGAGACAGGACAAUGGGGUCUGACUGGAGAGGAGAAAGGCGCACAGGUCUUCGAUCUAUCUGAUAAUAAGGUGCUGUUAGCUGAUAACUGCGUUUGGAUUUCGCAUGCGGUCAGGGAAAGGGCUGUGUGUUGAUUGAGCUUACCAGUGCCGUCUCGAUCUCUACAGAGUCGUGCUGUUGGAAACGACAACAAGCUUGACCUCCUCCUUGGGCUCGGCAGUGCCUGAUCUGGCCUCAGAAAAGAGGGAGUCGCAGAUAAAGCGAUGCAAAAAGAAGAGCGCCGCUACGAGGUCGAAGAUGACGGGGAGAAGCAUGCAGCCGUUUCGAGGUCGAAGUCCCAUUCGAAGUCGAAUGCGGGCUCGAACUCGAACGGGAAGUCGAACUGGAAGUGCAGGACGAAGACGAAAAGGAACUCGAUGACCAAUGAUGAAACAAAGGCAGUCCAAGAGUGGCUUGGGGCUUUUGUUUGAGCUUGAAGUUUCGGUUGUGGUGUGGAAGAAAGAAAGGGAAGUCAAGUGCAGGCAGAAGAAUCAAGGGUAUAAAAAGGCAUUUGUUUAUUCGUGUGGUCUUGGAGAGAAAUAGACAGAUAGGGAAUAGCAAGGACCAGAGCCAGUCAGAAGCCAUCGUUAGAGUGUGCCGAGAGAGAAUGGGAUGGUUAGUGAGUAGGAUUGGGGCAUAACGCAUGCGAUGGAUCACAGUGGGAAAGCCGCGUGGGAGAUAGAGCAGAGAGUUCAUUGUUGCAGUCGGGACAGAAGGGAGAUGGGCGCGGGAUAUGGAGCGAGAGGAAGCAAACCGAAAGACAGAGAGAGGCGGGAGUAUGGGUUAAUAUCGACAUGAAGACACGCGUAAAGAUCGACAUGACGGUGGACAUCAAAAUGGACUAUUGCAACCGCCAUAUCCAGAGGUAAAGGAAAGGGGAACAGGAAGGGAAUGGGAAUGGAGAUGGGAAUAUCAGAGAAAAUCAGUACCAGGCCGUCUGGAGAUUGACCACCCAACAACCCUGAGGAAGAGCUUUAUGUUCUGUUGGUAUUUCAAGGCUUUCUUUCUUUCUUUCUUUUUGUGCCCUUGUUGACCCUGAAACUGCGUGGCAUGGGAGCUGGGACUGCCUGCUGGUAAUCAGUCACUAGUGACGGACAACCAGAAAUGGUGUUGCACCUUCUGAAUCGCGUGUCGCCUUUCUCACGCUUCAUCAGGGGAUAGUCCUUCAUCCCCUUGCUUCAGCAGUAUUGCAAGUGUGCACAGGCAGUACAGAGCCUCGAGGGUUCACAGAAAGGAAAGAAUCAGACAAACGAAAUCACCUGAGCCAGGCCGGGAAAGACAGGGAAAGGCAGGGUGAAAAAGUUCACAGAAUCACGAACAAAAAGACAAGUACCUAGCUUUGAGUGGUGCGAAAUUCAGUUCACCGCGACCAUAGGAGUGUGCUCUAACUCGUUGUGGAGAGGUGCACUAUAUAUAGAUUGGAUGGACGAGGUGAGCGACAGAAGAAGACAGAAUCCAGGGUAGAAGUGGGCAACACGGAUAAAGAAAAGGGAGUAUUAUUAGCUAAGUACUGUACAGUAUGUACAUAGUAACUUGAACUAUGGCGGUAGCCAAGGAGUGCUGCCGGUCUUUGGCUAGGACAUGCACGUGAUGUGACGAGGCUGAGGUCGUUCAGGGGGUCAGUCGAGCUGGGAGGGCCAAUGCGAAUGUUACACCAUGGAUCAAGGGGAGGGUUUUUCACACUUCUUGCAUUAUUGAAUGUCAACUUGGCUGCUUCAUGC